AUGGCUGCUCACAACGAAUUUCGUACAAAACGAGGUCAAAAGCCCCUCAGUGCCAACUUUGAACUUGAGUCUUUGGGUCAUAGAAGGCCCGCCUUCUUCGAGAAUAAUCUCAGCCUACUAUCCCACCCUAAUGCUGUUAUCGUGUCCGCUGAGCCGGAGAUUCGCAUUGUGGUUGGUUUUCCAUCUGGCAGCGAAAACAUCCUCUUUUUCGACACAACGCUCACGUUUGAUGAUCAGGACUCUAGUGAACCCCCCGACAAAGACGUUCCUCUAAUGUACGUCUUCUGA